UAAUUUCUUGUUUGGCACUACGAGAAAAUUGUCCUCGGGGACGCAAUCGUUCUCUUGUCAAUGUUCAUUCUUCCUGCGUGUAUCGCACGUUUAGCGUCACCGUGAUAAUGGCAGAGAUGCACCACUAGCCUACUUACAUGCCUGCGUUCGAGCAUGAAGCCGGGACCGAAAACGAAAGGCACGAAGACAGAAUGGGAAUAUGGAGAUUCCGGGAGAUCAUGCAGGUGCACAUGUUACCGUACUGUAAAAUACCUGUCUGUGAACGCGAAUGGGCGUGCAUCACCGGUUGUGAUCCCGAAUCUUCAGGCAAGAAUCUCAUCUCAUGCGAGACCCAACAGGUUUCUUUGUACGCUGUCCAAGAUGCUCGACGUCGCCUCGAAACAUUAACGGUAACGAUACUGCCGGAUACAGGCAUACAUUGUAUCCAGGUUAUUUUAUUUAUGGUGAAAAGCGAAAAUCCAGCGCUACUAUUUCAGAAUCCGAUCCCGAGCGAUUAAUUGAUUCCGUUCGACAGCUGCGGCGCCGAUUGAUUCCACCGGAGCGAAUGGAGAAAGGUAUUGACGUGCAAAUACUCCAUCUGCAUAUUCAUAAGCGUUUAAUAGAUGAUAGAUAUGGGAGUCGAGAUGAUAAAUCUGUAAAAAAUAAAUUUGAUAAAUAUGUAUAAACUAUUUUUCAGAACACGAUAUGGGGAUUCGCGUUUUCAUUUUCCCUGCGUCGCUGAGACAGAGCUCCGUUUUGUAUCAAUGUGUGAUUGCGUCAUAAGUGUCACAAUUAUUUAUUCGUCAUUAAAUCUUUGCUAUCGAUGUAUGCAUGAGAUAGACAGUAUUGCAUUAGAAAGCGAACGCAUUUAUGAACGGCUUAACGAUGUUAACGUAAUGUUAUAGCACGCUCCGGGAAAGUGAUCGUCCGCAGGUGCAACGUUUUGCUGGAAGCGCGCAGCGGAUUAAGUGUUAAAAAUGAGGAAACGGGGGAUUUGCACCCUUUUCCUUCGAUUCAUCAUCGUUUUCUGCGAUGUGUGAUGUGUUCUGCUCGGUAGAACUCGCUUGAAAACCAGAAUCAACCGUGAGAACCAGAUCAAAGAAAAAGCCGUCUCCUGCUCGUGAUGCGCGCGAUUGCCGCGCGACUAUUUGUAAUUUACAAUCCCAGAAUAUUGACGAUGACAGUCAAAGACCUCAAUCGAUGCACUUCCGGGCAGAGCUCCAGUCAUUUCUUCAGUCUUCAGUCGAACCGGUCACCGUGACUGUCGUCAAACCCGUCUGCGUUAUUAAGUGCUGUGUGUGACGAAUGUGUAAUAUCUAUCUCUCUGUCUCUGAAACAAAAGAGAAAUAUUAAAACAUUAAUGUGCAAUUUCGCGUAAGCGAAUUUCGCUUAUUCUUGGAAUACAUUAAUUCAGUGAUUUAAUUCAAGAAAUAUGGAUUUCCCGCUGUGAAAUAAUUUAUAAUUAAAUGAUCAAUAAUCUAAAUAAUUCAUUAUUUGGAAAAAUUAUUUUUCCAUGAAAACAGAAUCGCUUCUAAAUGAUUAGUAAAUUAUUUCGCUGUGAUGUUAAUUAAUUUAGUUCACCUUAAUCUUUUGACAUGUUCUUGCGGUUCUUUUUGCAUUCGUUCUUAUCAGUUUCGGGAUAACACGUUUUGUUUGCACGAGCAUGGCUACUUAGCGACAUCAUACCUUCACCAUGUGUCUUUUUGUCCAUUCGUCACCGUUUAAAUGCGUAUAUAAUAAGCUCUUUAUGAACUAGGUCGUAAACGCUAUAAAAUGACCGUAACGAAGCAAGAUGAUUCUCAUGACGCCAGGGUGGAUAUUACCGAUCGGCUCCGGCUCUUAACGUACCGCAAAGUAAACUUACGUACCGCGCGUCCAACAUUGUACGAUCGUUGGCUUGAAGGCCGGUAGCAGAAUGUAAUCUCGUUAACAUUGGACUUAUUUUUUAUUCAUUUUAUACGUCAGAAUUGUAUUGCAAGCAUUAUCAUUCAGACGAUUUGAUAACAGCGCUGAGAUAAGUAACGUUCUAUCGCGCAAUUUCCAUUCGCAAGCAGACGAGGAUAUUGAAUAUCGCACUUGAAGGAGAACUUCAUUAAUCAGAAGAUUUGAUCGAUCUGAUAUAUAUGUUUUUAAUAAAACCGUGCUAAAUUUUUCAAGAAUAGCGGAUUCCAUUUUACCGAGGCGUUUUAUCGGAAUUUCAAGUAACACAAUUGAGCAUUAAUCGAUUAAAGCAAUCGAUUCUCCAAGAUGUACUUAAUAACAGGACACGCAUCAACAUUUAGCUAUUAAGUAGCCGCAAAUUAAUAGCACCUUUCGGCGACUCGCCUAAUACUCUCAUACAAUUAAGAGAUUAAUAUCUCCCAGCGGAAUAAACGACGAAUAAAAUCCAAAUCCAUAUUUCGCACCAUGAUCCUCGAUCGAUCGAGCUCCGAUCGCACUUACAGUUAAUUAAUUAAUAGCACUGACUUAAGGAGGAUAAUGAUCGUCCGGCGAACGAUUUCUCGCGCGAUAAUCUAUUUUUCUGUCAAGAAUGUGUGAUAAGCUGAAUAGAGACCGGCAGAUCUCCAGCAAAGAUUAUCAUUUUGUAUCCUGUCGAUGUCCCGUACUCUCUGGGUUAACCGGGCAAAGGGGUAAGCAGGGCACUCUGUGCGAGCGACUGGAAGCGUGCGCUUCCAGUAUGUCCCACCUUGCUCGUCCGACGUCUCCUUUUUGCUUGGGCUGAUACGUCGUCGUGCAGUAGGCUCCCGAUGCAGAAGUCGAUGAACGGCGCCCGUCUCUUUUAGUUCUCUUGCGCGUGUCCUUUUUCCGCUUCGCAACCGCGACCGCGAGUGAAAGCUCGUACGCGCGCUCGUACAUACGUGCUCGGCAUGUCUGAAGCGGGCGCGUUAUUCCGCUCACUGGUCCUGUUUCGUUCCUCGCCAUUGCAACCCCGCCGGUGCGUGUCGCGUCGUCGCGAGGAAAACGAUCUUUUGGCGAGGUUCCUUAUGGAAACGGUAUUGAAUUAAAUUUUCAGGCCAGUGGAGUAAGGCAUACUCCACUGUUGUCGCGACUGCAUUCCGCGAAAAUUAUUAUCUUGAAUUUGAUGGAUCAGACUCAAGCGUAACAUGUUUCCUUUGACGUGAGAGAUCAGCCUGAUAGAUGUACGCGAUCUUGCAGUUAUGUCGAAAAGUUGCGUACAUUGUAAAUAAAAACAAUUAAGUACGUUUCGUUCCUGAUGCGUACAGGAUUUUCAAGUUGUAUCAUUUGCAUGAAAUAAGUACUUCUGCGAUGAUAACGUUAAUAGAAAUUGUAAGCGCUUAUUCGCUGCCUGUGAAAGGGCAAUUCACGAAUCGUAACAUUACCUGUGAUUAUGUGUGAUCAAAAAUUGAGCGGCCGUUGCGGGUGGGUACGUCGGAAAAUGUAGCACUACCACAGAUGCCGAAGGAUAUUUCAUUUGCAAUUACGUGGAAGAGACCAAAGCUGGAGAACCAUCACCAUCAUAGGUGGAAAUCCUUUUCUGGAUCUUUGAAACGGAUGAUGGAAGGGCAAUUGUCGUCUCACCGGCGUUACGGCAUGCGUCGCCCUCAUUCCGCAGGUUCGAUAUCAGAUAUAAUAUAGCGGAAACAAUUAGCGAGGAAUGCGAGCAUCUGCCUCAGGAAGCGCUCAAAACUUUCCCAUGACAUUAUUUUUAAUAAUCUUCUAAUUGGAAGUCCAUUUCUGAAGAUUUUUUUUCAGAUUUAACCGUCUCUCUGUGACAGGAUAAGUUCGCUUUGCAUUGUCGCAAAGUAUUGCGUUUGCUUUACAUUUCGGAAUCCCACGUCCAGUUCUUCAAGAGCGUCAGCGGUCUCCAACGUGUCCUGCAAGACGUCGCAUCGUGCGGAGUGCAGCCGGCAAUCUCCACGCUGCAUUAUCUAAGCCAUGGACCGUUACCCCCACCGACCUAAAUGCACGCCGUAUAAAUGGUCAGGACACCAUCUAAGCACUGUCAGUGAGCUUGUGCACGUAAUCUCGUCUUGUGCGAAAACGGUGUGUGCUUAUCACGCCGCCACAACAUCACCUUGACACCUUGACCAACGUCGCUGAUGAUUUCCCGCCAUUAAUUCCAUGCGGAUGCCGCAUCUCGAUGAUCCGUACCGUAAUGCGUUCCCGCAAUUAAUCAUGGAGACACGAAGAGCGGAAACGAGACAGGUGGCCGCCUCCGACUUCCACAAUGAGAUGUAAGCCAGUCGUCACUCGAAAUUGAAAGAUCAGUGCAGAAUCAAAAUCGUCUGAAUUAUGAAGUGCGGAAAUCCUGAAGAUACCGAACGGCCGCGCGAAACCGGAUGUCCGAAAGUGGCGCAAGUAUCGUGUCGGGUGUUUCUUCUGUUGAUUAUUUGUUGCCGGACUGGCUCGUUAGCGUUUGAUAACACGACGGAUCUAUUUCUUCAAAGAUGUGAGAUGGAAUGCAGUUUGCGAGGAGAUUUUACAACCUGCGGGAAAUAUAGAGUUGUGAGAUGGCUGAAUACGGUAGUAAGAGAGAAGGAAUUCAGUUACGGGCCAUUUCGGAUAAUAAGGAUACCAUCGAUGGAGAAGCAAACCUUCUUGCCCCACUUGCCACAGUCUCGGGCAUUUAACAGCAGCAUAACCGAAACCUUAAAUUUUAUUAGAAAUAGUGUAGAAGAUUUAUUGACAAAGCGUGCCAUUGUGUAUACAGUAGACAACUCGGCAACUGCAAGAGAUUUCUCAAGUUUAAUGUUCGUGGACGAUGAUGAACUUAAGCGAUUACAGGAGAAGAAAGAACCGGAAGGCGACUGGCGAAUUUUCAAGAAGAAGAAAUCCCUAAUCUUACCAAUUCUCAUAUUGAUAAAUUUAAUAAAACUGAAACUCCUGCUGCUGCCAAUUUUCCUAGGAGUGCACUUCAUCAAAAAGCUCCUCGUCCUUGGAUCGAUUAUCUUGCCGUCGAUACUGGCGCAUUUAAAAGUAUGCAAAGUGCAGCAGGUGCACACACACCACUCGCAUCCUUUCCAUCUGUGGUCCACCGCAGCGGAUGCAACAGCCGAUUAUCCAUCAGGAUACGCACAGGAUGAAAGUACUUGGCACAGGAACGACUACCAGUUGGGGUAUCCGAGUUAUCAGAUACUUCGCAAUCCUUACGGGUGAAAAUCCGUGCAAUUUGUUGCUCCGGACAAUUUUCCGGCGCGAGUUAACGAUAUCCCGCGCACGUGAGACCUUUUAUAAUCCGACGAGUAGUGCAAUCAAUCUUUACGCUGUAAUUGCCGUCCGUGUAAUUCCGGUAAUUGCGUAAUCUGCCGUAAAAUCGCGGUGUGCUCGCGACAAUCGCGGUGCGAAUUGGUACGUGUCGAAUAUAUUGCAAUUAACGUCGUCGCCGAACGUCAUCUCGCGGCUUUUCUGGCGGCAAACUCCUUCGCAAAAUAACUUUCACAUACCUUCCCGUUAUUCGGAGACUUACUGAUAUAGAGACUUUGCGGAGUUUGAGAAAGGGCAUGGUGUCAGCGGAUGUACACACGGAUACGGCUUUUCCUCGGACUGUGCACUAAUGGGGAUAGAAGAUUAAGCGAUCCCGCGGCUGUUGUAAAUUACAAGAAUCACCCGCGAUUCAUCAUUUGUCGGGGUUUAUAUCGUUUAUUGUUAAUUUCACAUUAAAAUGACGUCGGACACAUGUACGUCGCAGACACGUCGGCUAAUUCCCGCUAUUAAUCAUUAUUCUACUCGCAAUUCGACGGUACCGAUAAAAAGCAUCGCGAUUAUUACGAACUCGUGACUUCUCUCAAUCAUCAUCUGCACGGUUUAGCUUCUUGACAAUUAUUUCUCGCUUACGAUAAGAAAAAUCGGCGCCGCUUAUCCUGCGAAUGUCGCGGAUCAACGUUGAUCCGCUUGACGACGCGUCUCCCAUCUCCGAUUGUCCUCGGACCCCAAGAUAAGGGUCGACAGAUCGCUCCAUCAGAUCCGGACAGGAGAGGGCGAUUCGUGGUCAAGGUCACACGCUUCGUUCGGACACCCGACCGAGUGCGAUGGCCCCUCCGCUGACCUACUGACAGAUUUGGACGAGUGCCCGGUUUCCGGCUGAAACGCGCGCACAGCCCGUCGCUGUGUGCAUCGAUACUAUACGCACCUUGACCAAUGUAUGUUUGUAUGUCCGUACACAUACGCAUAAUCCACGCACGCAGCUCGAUCGUCGAAGACCGUUAUCGGCUCGGACGGCGCCGAGUAAGUGCACGGUGAGCGGCUAGCCGAUCCUCGUGCCUGUCUGUGUGUUGUCGACACAUUUUAGGCUCCUCAUGGUCACACCCGCUGAAUCCUGUCGUGAUCCUUUCCUUUUUUGCCUUCCUCUCCUCGAUACGUUUUGGCUGGCCCACAUGCUCGGGUCUUCCCCGACGAACUUGAUUCGGCUUGGUUCCCCAGAAACGAGACCUGUCGGAUUUUCUAGCGCGCCUCUUUGCUAGAUCGGUCCCAUUCUUUCACGGGAAAUGAAGCUCGCGUUGAAUUAUUAUUGGGGUUUCAUCAAUUUUCUUUCGAGGGAAGAAGCACGUCCUUAGAAAAUACAUUUUUAUAAAAGAUUCUUCUUUUUUGAACGUUGCGGAAACGGUGAGAAGGUUCCCGAGAACCUGUCGACGCUUCGUCGUCGAGCGGGACGCCUGUUUGGGCCCCAUGACACGGUAGGGAACGCAAAUCGGAAGCGAGACAUCGCUAUACGGAUACGCGAUCGAUACGCGGUGUGCACUCGUCCGCGGCAACUCGACCGUUACGUUCUUACGUUAUACGCGAACGAAAAAGUCGUAUUAACGUAACGGACCGUCGUCCAUGUCACGGCGUCCGACUUGGUAUCCGUAUCUUACAUUGCGGACGUAUCGGCCACCACGGCGAUUCAUACGCGCUCGAUUCAUGCGAAGCGUCUUCGGCGCACACGGGGUGGCACUGAGCAGCGUGCGUUAACGUCAAGUCCGGAAGUGGUUCCUCGGGAUGCGACGAAGACAAGUUUCCUCUCAGUAGACUGAAUUUAGUCGAUGAUCUAGCUUGCUCUAGCUUCAAUAGAUCUGUCUCACUUCUUAGAGUUAGCAUAGGCUGCGAUAAGCGAUCGAUUCUCUCUAGAUAAAUGUAGACUGUAUAAGAGAAAUAAAAUUGUAUAGAGUAAUUGAUUAA